GCAUUCCUGCUGAAGCAUAUUGAUUUCACGGCACAGCUAGUAUGUGGAUGUUUUUUUUUUUAAAAAAAAAGUUGGUGGGUUUUGGUGCAGUUGGUUUUCUUUGGUGCUCUUUCUUGGCGCCGUUAUUGACCACCACGACCAGACCUGGGACAUUUUGCUAACUAUUAAACAAAGGCAUUUAUCCAUCCGAGUCUUUAUUUACUUGUAUUGUUUUAGUCUUUGCGACUUCUUCGUGUUGGAAUUGCUAUGUUCUUUAUUGAAUUUCCUCCUCUUAACUGGUAAAUUGACAAACUCAAGGUGGGUUUUGUUUAGUCAACUAUUUUUUUCGAUUGAGAAUGAUUUGCUGUUCUUCUUGCUUGGAUGAUUUUGAUUCCAUUCCAUUUCAACUGGGUUUUUCUUUUUUUGUAUUAGUUGAUCCAUGGGUUCUUGUUUGACUCUCCAUAUCCAUUCCUAAGAUUUUGGUUCUACAAUCUCUCCAGUUCCUACUUGUUAUAUUGUUGGAUUUGGAUUGAGUUGUUGCAUCCUUCAAGUUUUUUUGGGUUGUAGACUCUUUGUUGGUUGAAACAAGAUUGAAAAAAUGCAAGGGAAAACUGGGGUAGUAGGAAGUCACUUUGUGCUGAACACAGGAGCCAAAAUCCCUGCCAUUGGACUUGGAACAUGGCAGAGUGGUGGUGACCUCUGCGUUGAAGCUGUGAGAACUGCCCUGUCUGUUGGUUACCGUCAUAUAGACUGUGCACAUCUUUAUGGGAACGAGAUUGAAGUUGGGGAAGCACUGGGCGAAGCAUUCAAUGUUUCACUGAAAAGGGAGGAUGUUUUCUUGACUUCUAAGCUCUACUGUACUAUGAAUUCCCUUAAUAAAAUUGAAAAUUAUGUGAGGGUUUCUCUUAAGAAUCUUGGAGUGUCGUAUUUGGAUCUUUAUUUGAUGCAUUGGCCUGAUAGCUCGGCUUUUGGGGACGCAACUGAUCCUCCUUCGAAGUCGGGGAGUGAGUAUAGGCAGUUUUUGAAUCGGUUGAAGCAAGCAUGGAAAGCCAUGGAAGCUCUUGGUGACUUGGGUCUUGUGAGAGCUAUCGGUGUCAGCAAUUUCAGUGUCCAGCAGAUCAAAGAGUUGCUGAAAUUUGCGAAAGUGGUGCCUGCUGUCAAUCAGGUUGAGUUGCAUCCUUUUUGGAGGCAAGAAGAACUGGUUAAGUUCUGUCAAUUGAAGGGUAUUCAUGUAUCUGCUCACACACCAUUAGGGGUUCCCACAUGGAGCCCUGGACCAUCUGAUAGCGGAUCAGGGGAAGAUGAACCUGGCACUCCUCGCAUAUCAUUCAGGAGGUCAAGAUCAGUACAUGGGCCCAUGCUGAAAUUGUGUGUUGUCUCAGAGAUAGCAGGAAGACACGAGAAGACACCUGAACAGGUAACGUUUUACUCUGUUUUCCACCCUUCUCUUAUAUCUGUCAUGCUGAUUCCUUUAAUCCUACAUGUUAUGUUGACGUUUUUUGUUGAUACAAUGCUUGCCUCAAAUAGCUGUAGCCACCUGUAUACAUUAUUUUCUUUUGCCCCAGAAUCUGAGAAUAUGAAGGUUUUCUCAGAAAUGAAUGGAAGGUAUUGUAGAUUAGACUUUUUGAAACCAACUUCAAAUUGAUUUAA